AAGCCAAAGCCUGUUGGACAGACCAGGGAACGUUUAUCUAUCUUACCACAGAGAGGAAUGAAAGCUUAUGAAAGUUUUAUUAAAGCGCUCUGUGAAACAGGGAAUAGAGAAGUUGCUGAUUACUUGAUAGAGAAGGAUGGCUCUAAAAGAAAUGAAGUAAAUUCAGAAAAUUCAAGAAAACCAGAUACUUCCUUGUCAAAGCCUAAAGAUGGCAACGGUGAUACACAGAAGACAGAACAUCAAUACUCCGAAAAUCCAGAGAAAACAAACAAAUUAGAAUCACCAAAUAUACAAGAUUGGCAAGAUUUACUCAACGGUUUGCCAUCUGUGAAGAAACGUGAUAUAGUAAAGUGCAGUGAAGACUCAUUCACACAGAUUUGUGAAAGCAAAAAGGGAAAGGUUUACCAUAUGACAGGCAAAAAGAAAGGAAAAGUGUUCACUAUAUCCAAUGUUCAAUGUUCUGAUCAGAGCACAGACGCAAAAGCAGUAAACAGGUGUGGAAGCUGUGUGGACUUUGAUAAAACUUCUCUUUCACAACUGUUUAAUUAUAUGCAGUAUGAAUCAAAACAGAGUUAUACAAAAAGAGAUAUUUCAGAAGAGGAUAUGAAGACAUUUCUUGCUAAGCAGUUAGACAAUGAAGAUAAUUCAACUUUUGAUAGUUUAGUUAUAGUUUUUUUCUCUGGUGGAAUGGAAUUUAAACCAGAUUUCAUAUAUGACAAAGAUGGCAAGGAAAUUGACAGAGAUGGCAUACUUGAAAUGAUCCGACAAUCGAAAGCUUUUAAAGACAAACCAAAAAUUGUCAUUAUCAGAACAAAUGAUUUUCAAGGUAUGUAA